GACCAGACUCAGGCCCAUGACGUCAACAGAUGCUUUCUGCCUCAUGCACCGUUGUUUUUUGGAUGCUACGGCAUAUUGUGCUUGCGCAACCCAGCUUGUCCAUUUGGGUUACCUGAUCAUUUAGCUCGCAGCAUCAUACUCGUCACGUCUGCCAGUAUCAAGCAUAUUAAAGCAUAUCAAGCUUCUCUGCAUCUCACGCACAGGACUUUUGCCGUCGUUGAAACCCGUUCUUGUUGGUCACGUGAUCUACACUACUCUGGAGCACUCUCAUGCUGCUGAUCGUUGAAAAGUGCGUGCUGCUCCAUAUAUCCACCACAUACAAAAGCGAAACGGCGACAGUAUGAGUGGAUUUUUGUGGAGUGUUAAGAUUGGUGACCUAGAACAAGUAAAGGACUGCUUGGAACACAAGGGCAUUGAUGUGAACGAAGCAAUUGACGGACGACCGCCACUACAUCACGCAGCAGACUACGGUCAGACUGAGGUCGUUCGCUUCCUUAUCGACAGUGGUGCUGACGUCAAUGCAAAGGACAAGUAUGGUAUUUCGGCAUUGCUAGCUGCGAUCUGGGAAGGCCACACGGCCUGUGUCAAACUUAUGUUGGAGAAGGGAGCACAUAAAGAUGGCACAACCCCAGAGGGUGUCAGCUACAUGGAAGCAGCGGAAAAGCCCGAGAUCAAAGAUUUGCUACGGAGCUAACCAUGUUGAUACAGAAGAGCAUUUUUCUUAUUACUGUACAGUCUAAUCAUAAACGGAAUAAAUUGGACCACCGUGGGAACAUUUUA